AUGAGCGAGAUAAACAUUGAAUCUUCUACAACUGAAUCCGUUGUAAUUUUAUCUGAAGCAUCAUCAACACCAACACUUUCUUCUACUUCAUCUUCAAAUACGGUUGAUGAUGAAGCAAGACGACGUAAAAUCUUGAGUAAAUUAUGGGGCAAGGGUAAUAAAUUAUCACACAAAGUACGAGAACUUGAUAAAAGUACGAUUAGUAAUAGCAGUGAUUCAUUCGUUCAUAAUGAUAAUGAACAAAAACAAUUAGGUGAAAAUCCUAAUAAUCACUUAGCGUAUUCUUCGACGAACGAUCCCAAAUCAUCCAUAGAAGAUAGUUCGAACAGUAUUAAUAGUAGUAAACCAUUGGCCGUUGUGAAACCGAUUGUUGUUAAAUCGGGUCUUAUCGUUUCUUCGUCUACUGAUCGAACACGAUUAAAUAGUGAAGCAUCAUCAACAACUAUCACACAAAUAGAUGAGAUCACAACAAUAACAGUGACUGAACGACUAGCAUCAUCGACAACAACCGAUCGAACAUCAGAUAAAAAGAAAAAAAGUCACAAAAAUAAAGAUUUAAAAAAGAAGAAAACAACAAAAGAUCAAUCAGUAGAACGUGAUCGAUUACAUCAUCAUCACCAUCAAACAGAUAAAACUAAAAAAAAUAGUUCAUCAUCGAAAAAUAAUCGACAAGAACAAAACGAAGAAAUAUCGACUAACGAUAAUAAUCACAAAUCUUUACAUCAUCAUUCAUCGUCAACAAUUUCUUUAUCUAAAAAUAAUCGUCGGUCACCAUCCGAUGAUAUUCAUCACGCAAAUCGACAAUCAAGUCGAUCAACAACAUCAAGAAAAGACGAAUUUUCAUCUGCAAAGAGAUCAACAUUAUCACCAGUUGAUCAUCAUCGUAAUCAUUCGAAUUCGAAAUAUGAAAGUAGUAGUCACUAUAAUUAUUCUUCUCAUCGUCAUCGUCGUGGAUCAUCAGUAACAUUGUCUCCAUCACCGCCAUCAAGAUCUCAUCAUUCAACAUUAAAUAAAGAUCAAUUACAAAGAAAAAAUUCUUCAUCACCUAAGAAAGAUGAACGUAAUUCGACUAUACAAAUAAAAUCAAAUCGACAACAAAGUGAAUCGAUUUCGAAUAGUAAAUCAACAAAUACAUAUUCACCUUCUGAUUUAUAUUCCAAACCACGUCAUCGUCGUUCAGACACAACUGGUGAUGAUGAUACUCAUCGAUAUAAAACACGAACAAGUGAUGAAAAUUUGACAAAUUCUUCUAAGUCACAAAAAUCAUUAGAAACAUCUCCUGAACAUCAUUAUCAUCGUUCAUCAUCAUCUUUUGUCAAACAAGAAAAAUCGAAAACAAUACAAAAUAAUGAUAAUAAAAAUGAAUUAAAUCAAGAAAAAUCAUAUUUAUCACGACAUGAACGACGAAGUUAUAGUCGACAUCGUUCAAAAUCAAAAGAAAAUAAAACAAAUCGAAAACCAAUCGAACCAUCAAGUUCCGAUGAUGGUUCUAAUCAUCAACAUAAAGCAAACAAUGAAAAAAAUUCUACAACAAUCAAUGAAAAUUUUCAUAUGGAUAAAAAAUCAAAUCAUCAAUCGUCUAUUCCAUCAUCAAACAAUGAUCAUCGAAGAAAAUCUUCUUCAGAUUAUCAUCGAUAUGAUCGUCAUGAUUCACCUUUAAAUUAUGAUCGAAAAAAUGAUUAUCGUCAUCAUCAUCAUCGAAUUCCAUCUUCUCAUUCAUAUUAUCCACAUACUCAUUAUGUUCAUCAUCAUCAUCAUCAUCAUUAUCGAUCUAAAUCAUCCAGAUAUUAUGAUCGUCGUCGUUCAAUAUCUCCUCGUUCUCAUCAACAUCGAUCAAGAUAUUAUUCUUCAACAUCUUCAUCAUUAUCUCCUUCACCUCGUCGUCGUCGUCGAAAUUCAAGUCGAACAUCAUCUUCAACAUCUCGUAGUUCAUCAUCUUAUUCUUCUAUAUCUCGAACAUCAUCAUCACGUUCAUCAUCAAGACAUAAUCAUUAUUAUCAUCAUGAGAAAAAAUUUCGUCGUUCACCAACACUUGAAAAAAUAUUUCUUAAAGCAUCAGAAUCAAUUGAAUCAAUAUCUACACAAAAAAAUCCAAAUAUAUCAUCAUCAUCAUCAUCAACUCAUUUAAUACCAAUUCAAACAUCAAAUAUUCCUUCUGAUAUGCAAAUAUCAUCAACAAUAAAUUCUCUUUCAGAAACAAAUACAUUCUAUUCAGAGAAUUUUACAGGAUUUUCUAUUCCACCACCUCCAUUUAUAUCACAACCACAACAACGUUGUUUGAAAGAAAUAACAACUGAACCAACAACCCAAUAUCGUCCGGUAUUAAAUGAAGUUCAAACAAUUCAAUCAUCUACUUCAAUAACUCUUGAUGAAGUAAUACCAAUAAAAACUGUUCAAUCAAAUGACGUUUCAAGCAAUGUUCGUUCUGGUUCAAGUAAACCACCACGAAUAUCUCGAUUUUCUGAUAUAGCACCAUCAGUUACAUCUGAACCAAUAUUAAAUACUAAUUUACCUGUUGAUACAUAUUUAAAUUAUACUCAAAUAAAUGAAAAUAUCAAUUGUUUACCAUCAUCACGUCGUCAACAAAAACGUCAUAAUCGUGAAGUAAUGGAAUGUGAAUGUACAACAAGUGAAUAUGAUCGUUCUCGUGGUGUAAAAGCAUGUGGACAUGAAUGUCUUAAUCGUAUGUUAUUAAUUGAAUGUGGUCCAAUAUGUCCAUGUGGACAAUGGUGUACAAAUCGUCGUUUUCAACGACGUUCAUAUGCAAAUCAUAAAUUAGCUUUAUUUAAAACAGAAAUGAAAGGUCAUGGAUUACGAACAAUAACACAAAUACGUAAAGGUCGUUUUCUUGUUGAAUAUAUUGGUGAAGUUAUUGAUAUGGAUGAAUUAGCACGUCGAAAUAAAAAAUAUAAACGUGAUGGAAAUACACAUCAAUAUGUUAUGUCAUUAAUACAUGGAACAGUAAUUGAUUCAACAAUAAAAGGUAAUUGGGCUAGAUUUAUUAAUCAUUCAUGUGAACCAAAUUGUGUUGCGGAAAAAUGGCUUGUUAAUGGUGAAUAUCGUAUGGGAAUAUUUGCUAAACGUGAUUUAAAUAUAAAUGAAGAAAUUACUAUUGAUUAUCGUUUUGAAACAUUUGGUACAAGUGAUUUAACAAAUGAAAAAUGUUAUUGUGGUGCAUCAACAUGUCGUGGUACAAUUAGUAUUAAAAAUAAUAAUAAUAAUAAUUUAAAUCAACGACAAAAUCGUCGACAACCAUUAGAUGAUGAUGAUAUACUUAAUUAUUUACUUGAUGAUGAUACAAAUGAAUAUAUUAUACCAAAAACAAUUGAUGAUGUUCGUCAAUUAAUACAAAUAAUGUCAAGAACAGAUAGUGAAAAUGUUCGAACUAUUGAAUUAGAUCUUAUUAAAAAUAGUUCACAAAAACAAUUUGCAUUACCAAGAUUAUUUUUAGAAUGUGAUGGUUUACAUGUUUUAUGUUCAUGGAUGAAAGAUAUUUUAAUUGAUGAUGAUGAACAACAAUAUUCAAAUGAAUUUAAAUAUCGUUUAUUAGAUUUUAUUCAUUCUGUUCUACCAAUUAAAGAUCGUACAACUGUUAUUAAAAAUGGUUUACUUGAUUUAGUUUAUAAAAAAUUAAAAUUAUCAACACCAACAACAGAUAAUAUUGAUAAUAAUGAUCAAGAACAAAUUAAUAAUUUAAUGAAUUCAAUUCUUAAUCAUCUUGAUGAUCCAAUUAUAUCGAAACUUUUUCAUCUUUAUUCAACAUGGAUGUCAUUAAAAGAACGUUAUAUUAUUCCAAAACGAAAAGAACCAGAACAACCAUUAAAUCAUCAUCAUCGUCAUCAUCAUCAUCAUCAUCAUCAUAGUUCAAAAUAUCAAUAUGAAGAAACUAAUUCUCGAUUUAAUUUUAGUACACGUUCAUCAGAAAUACAACAAAAACCAAAUGAUCGUUCUUUUGGAAGACGUUCAUUUGUUGUACGAGAAACUCCACGUACACAAGAACAACAAUUAUCAAAAGAUGAACGAAGAAAAUUAUUUGAACAACAAUAUGAAGAUGCAGAAAAAGCAAGAGUAGUGGCAGCAGCUGCAGCAGCUAAUGAAGAAAGUCCAGGUUUGAUUCUUCAUUUUUUAGUAAUUUUCAAACAUAUUCUUGUAAUAAAUUUAGGAGUACAAAGUGAACCACCACAGAAAAAACAACGGACAUCCGAUAAUACGGAACCAAUGGUUCCAAGUACUCCACCUCAACCACAAUCUUCAUCAAUGCCCACUACCAUUCCUUGGAUAUUUUCAUCGAAUGCUAUCUAUCCACAUCAAAUAGAUCAAACAUUUUGGAUUCAUCAACAUUUAUCACAAAUUCCAAUUGAUUACAUUCGUUCAUAUAUGGCUUCUAUUGGCCAACCAAUUUCAGUAUCAAAUGCUUCGAUUGAUAAAGAUGAACCACCUCUUCCUCCACCACCGAAACCUGAUAAUGAAAAUGAAUUAUCACGUAUUACUUAUUUACCAUCGGGUUGGUCCGUUGCGAUGUGUCCGUCAGAUUCGUCAAUUUAUUUUUAUAAUCGAAAAACAAUGGCUACUAGUUGGAUACCACCGUCAUUGACAGUUCCUAUCGAAAACUCUGUUUCACUUCCACCACCACCUCCUCCACCUCUUGAUUUAAGUCCACUUUCAUCGGCUCAAAUUCAUGAACAACGUCGUCCACAUCAUGAUCAACAACAAGUUUCUUCAUCAUCUCGUUCAUCCAUGAAAUUAUUAAAACAAGCUCAUCGUCACAGUCGUAGUUAUCGACAUCAUCAUCAUAAUAUGAGCAUUAACAAUAAACGAAAACGACCUGUAGCAGUUGAAUCUAUAACUAUUGUUAAAGAAGAACUUCAUUCACAAAUGAAAGAAGAAACAUCAAUCAUUAUUUCAAAUGAACAGUUUAAACAAGACGAAAACAAUGAUAAAAAUUCGGUAGUAGAACAUACCGAAGAAAUGUCUGUUGAUGUUCCAAAAGUAUCUACUGAUGGAUACAAUGAAAAUAAUGUGUCAAUAACAGUGAAAGAAUCUUCUGAAAUAAAUGAUAAUGUUGACAAACAACAUUCUUCAGAUUCUAAUACAUUAUCAUCUUCAUCAAAAAUAAAUCGUGAUCUUCUUCGUAAAAAUAUUUCUCAACAUGUUCAUGCUACAUUAAAACCAUAUACAAAACGAACAUGUAAACAAGGACGUAUUGUAUCAACUGAUGAUAUUAAAUAUCUUGUUAAAAAAUUUACAUUAGCUGUACUUGAUAAAGAAAUUGAAAAAGCUAAAAAUGAUGGAACUUCAUUAUCACCAGUAUUAACUGACCGUGUACGAUUAAAAACAGAAGUUUAUGUUAAAAAAUAUAUGAAUAAAAUGGGCACUGUUUUUCAACGACAUGAUACAACUGUUCAUCCUCCUCCUCAACCGUCACAACAAACAACAACAACAACAUCAAACCCAGAAUAA